AUGCGUCAUCCUGCAGAUGGGAAAGCAUGGAGGGAUUUUGACCGUAGCAAUCCAGCGUUUGCAAUGGAACCUAGGAAUGUGCGCCUUGGAUUGGCUGCUGAUGGAUUCAAUCCUUUUGGAAAUAUGAGUUUGUCUUAUAGCAUGUGGUCGGUUGUGUUAACGACUUACAACUUGCCACCGUGGUUAUGCAUGAAAGAGACUAACUUUAUGUUGACUUUAUUAAUUCCUGCUCCACUGUCACCUGGAAAAGAUUUUGAUGUUUUCUUAAGGCCAUUGGUUGAUGAGUUGAAGGAAUUAUGGGUGAACGGUGUUCAGACUCAAGAUGUUGUUGAUGGUAGUUUUUUUAAGCUUCAAGCAGCUUUAUUUUGGACUAUAAAUGAUUUUCCAGCGAGGAGUAGUCUUUCUGGAUGGAGUGGUCAAGGUUACACUGCUUGUCCUACUUGCAAUGUAUCAACACCAUCAGUUCGUUUGCAAAAUAAGGUUGCAUUUUACGGUCACAGACAUUUUUUACCAAUGGGACACCAAAUUAGAAAAAAGAAGAAGUUAUAUGGUUCAGUUGAGAAAAUACCACCUCCAGAGGAAUUUAACACUGAAGCUAUUUUCACACAAAUGAAUUUUAUGCCUGAAUCUCUUCCUGUUAAGCAUGUUAGCUACGGUGGACAAAAAAGGAAACGCACAAAAGAGCAAGUUGGUUGGCGUAAAAAAAGCAUUUUCUUUGACCUCCCAUAUUGGGCCAAAAUAAAGUUGCGACACAACCUAGACGUCAUGCAUGUUGAGAAAAAUGUAUGCGACAGCUUAGUUGGCACAAUAGUCGGGUUGGAAAAUAAGACCAAAGAUACAAUUAGCGCUAGAGUAGAUUUGGAGAAGAUGAAGAUAAGGCCAGAAUUGCAUCUGAGAAUGGUAAAUGGUCGAAUGGAAAAGCCGGCAGCGAAAUACACAUUUAUUCCUGAAAAUCGGCAUAAGUUUUGUCGAUUUUUUAAAUCAGUCAAAUUUCCAGAUGGGUUUGCAUCUAAUCUAAGGAAGAAUGUGAUUGAAAAAGACAAUAAGAUUACUGGGUUGAAAUCCCACGAUUGUCAUGUCAUAUUGCAACGUCUUUUGCCAAUUGGUGUUCAUUCAUUCCUAGAAAAACCUAUUGCCAAGACCAUUAUUGACUUGUGCACUUUCUUCAAGAUUAUUUGUGCUAGAACUCUGAUUGUUUCUGAUUUGGAGAAAGUGAAAACAUCAAUUGUUGAAAUUCUUUGCGGACUAGAAAUAAUUUUUCCGCCAGCGUUUUUUGAUGUUAUGGUUCACCUGAUGAUACAUUUGCCCCAAGAAGAAAUAGAUGGAGCUCGUCCUGAGGGGUCCAUAGCUGAGGGUUAUGUCGUCGAUGAAGCAUUGACAUUCUGUUCUAUGUACUUCAAAGGGGUGGAAACAAGGUUUAAUCGUCCAGAUAGAAAUGUUGAUGCAAUUCCAUCACCAAAGAAGUUGUCUAUGUUUCAAUCUCAAGGUCGUCCGAUCGGUAAGAAGACAUUAACAACUUUGGACGAUGAACUUAAAAAAACUGUUGAGUGGUACAUUCUCAAUAAUUGCAUUGAGAUUCUCCCAUAUAUUCAAGAGCACAAGCAGAUCCUUUUAUCUAGUGGUGCUGAAAACCUAGAUCAAUUACAGAAAAAGGAGUUCCCCAUGUGGUUUUACAAUAAGCUUUACAAUCUUCGACAAGCGGAAUCUGCAGAAGCUUCUGAAGAUUUAUUCUCCUUAGCAAGCGAUCCUACCAAGAGUAGGAUGAAGCAUGAAAAUAAUAUAACCAGUAUAUUUACUAAGUUCGAGUGGUACAAAGAUGACAAGUUUAUCUUGGCAACUCAGGCAAAACAAAUUUUCUAUCAUGAUGAUUUGAAAAAUGACCGGGAUUGGAAAAUUGUUGAAGAAGUUCAUCAUAGAAAUGUGUGGGACACCCCAGCAGCUGAUGAACAGUUGGAUCCCAUUGAAAUAGAUGUUAUGCAUGACACAAUAUCAUCUGAUUUCCAAUUGUUUAUCGAUCUUGGUCCGUUGCCAGAAAUCAAUUUUUGCCAUAGAGAUCAACCGCCAUAUAUUGUCAAUGUAGAUACUCCUGUUGAUCAAGAGGAAGAUGAAGAGGAAGAGGAAGAGGAAAUGGUCGAUGAAGAGGAAGAGGAGAUGGUCGAUGAAGAUGAAGAGGAAGAGGAAGAGAUGGACUUAGAAGAAGAUAAUGUAGAAGAAAAUGAGAAUGAUAGUGAUAAUGAAUAUUAUAGUGAUGAUUAA